UUCCUCUUACCCUUAGCCCCCCGCGUCCAAGAAACGAUUCAUUGACCCCAACUGUACAUACUUUGCUUCGUUCGCUUAUCUUCCCUGUGCGCAGUGAAAUUCUCUUCUCGAUUUCGAACUUACAAGUACUUCGUCGAUAGCUUCGACUUUACUUUAAUUCGCCGUUGUUCGACGUUCAGAGAAGAAGCGGUGAGAGCUUGAUACAGUUUUGUUCCUUGCGAAUAUCGCUCAUCCAAACGCGAUACACGAAGAUGUUGCUUUACGCGAGCAACCAUUGCACCCAAGAGUGGAACACGUUUUUCUACCCAAAUAUGUGCCACAUCUGCAAGAAGUUUGGUAAAAUCAAUGAAACGGAUAUUUUGCGGAAUAGUUUGAAGACGUGCGGCGGAUGCAAAAUGAUCUUCUAUUGCUGCCGAGAUCAUCAGAAGGUACACUGGGCGGCGCACAAAGAUUUCUGCAAAGCUGUACAAGACGUACGUGAGAAUUGCGCCGAGGAAUUAUCCGCAGCUGAAGGAGAGAAGGCCAGGAUGAAGCUUUUACAGCAGAAGGUGACGUCGAAAUUGCCACGUAAGUUGAGGAUAUACGAGAUGCAGAUGUUCAAAUACGCGAAAAUGUGUCGAUAUUGCGGCGAAGCGAAUGACGAAUUGCAAUACUGUUCGAAAUGUUUAUCCGUGAGCUUCUGCAAAAAACACGCAAACAAACAUGAAGAGGACGCCUGUUCUCAAUAUCGAAUGACCUUCAUGUCAGAAAUGACAUUGUCUCCAAACAGGGAAUCUUUUCAUUGGACGUAUAUAAAUUUUGCUGAAUCUUGCCAUUUGGAUAGUGACAUGGAGACAUUUCUGACGUAUUUUAAUGACGAACUGGAGAAUGAUAAGCUUGCGUGUUCGUUAUUCGCAAUGGAGCAGUCAAGACAUUUCACAAGAGUAAUGUCAGUAUAUCAAGGAUUGGAAAUAUUAAACCUUGAUGAAGACACAGAAAAAUUAGUACUUCAUUGUAUAGGCGCGACAAAAAUGAAAGAAAGACCAAUUGCGACGACUUUUGAGAUUCUGUUUCACUUGUAUCCUUCUAUACAAUUCAUACAUCUUGUACUGAUAGGACCGGGCUUGGCGGAUGGUUUUGGGAGAGAUAUUGCGCACACCGUACAAAAGUUUUUGUGCAUUCCUUGUCGUCGAGAAAGCAAGGAAUUUUAUGUACAAUAUUGCGAUACGACUUACAGCGAGUAUAUGAAAUAUGAAGAGACAAGGGUAGAACCAGAUUACGUUAUUGGAUUUAAUUGUCACUUUCACGAGUACGAUAUCGGAGAAAAAGAAGAAACGUGGGCGGAAUCUAUCAAGAUAAUAGCUGAACUAAAUAAACCGUUAAUUUUAACGUGUCACUCGAAGCGUGAAUGUGACUUAACUACUGAGAGAAUAAAUUUAGUCUUGGAAAAAGAAAUAGCGUAUUUACAUUGCGAAAAGAAUCCAUAUGCUGCUAUGACAUUGUUUAGAGAAUACGAAUCUGAACUUGAGGAUGACUCUGCUAACAAAGAUUUAAAAGAAAUAGACUUAUAUCCUGUGUAUCAUGAAAAUGAAUAUUUACUCAUUUACGAGAAUCUGUGUAAUAAGAAGCACAGUUUUGAUUCUAAGAAUUCUAUGGUUUCUAUGGAUUCUAUGGUUUCUAUGGAUUCUAUGGAUGAUAAUUAACAUAAUUUAAUGUGUGAAAUAUGUAAUCUUUAUAUUUUUAUGUUGUAUUUAUAUAUAUAUUUAGUUUUUUUACUUUUAUACUCAAAAUACUGUUGAAUCUAUGUUACUUGCACUCUAUGUUCCUUAUUUUGUUUUCUUAUCAAAGUACAAAUAUACAUCUACCUCAUAUAUUAAGAAAUGGAAGCGCAUGAACAGACUUAUUUAUAACAAAAAAGAUGAUUGACUGUUGUAACAACACAUGACUUUUUAAAAUAUAC